GUGGAGGGCUUACACAGAGAGCCGCUGGGUCUGGGUGCCCGGAGGCAGCAGCGCUCGCGUAGCUCGCCCGCAGGCCCCCGGCCACCAUGUCGGCCUUUGACACCAACCCCUUCGCGGACCCAGUGGACGUAAAUCCUUUCCAGACAAAUGCAGCGACAACAGUUCCUGUCACACAACUCCCUGGGCCCUCGCAGCCGGCAGUUCUCCAGCCCUCAGUGGAACCAACCCAGCCAACCCCCCAGGCUGUGGCAGCUGCAGCCCAGGCAGGCCUGCUCCGGCAGCAGGAAGAACUGGAUAGGAAAGCUGCUGAGCUGGAUCGCAAGGAGCGGGAGCUGCAGAACACUGUGGCCAAUUUGCAUGUGGGAGAGAACAACCGGCCAUCCCUGCUCUCACGGUGCCCUGUCAAGCUCUUCUAUCAGGAUUUCUCCACAGAGAUCCCUGCCGACUACCAGCGGAUAUGCAAGAUGCUCUACUAUCUCUGGAUGUUGCAUUCAGUGACUCUGUUUCUGAACCUGCUUGCCUGCAUGGCCUGGUUCAUAGGCAACACCUCCAAGGGAGUGGACUUCGGCCUCUCGAUCCUGUGGUUUGUGAUCUUCACCCCCUGUGCCUUCCUUUGUUGGUACCGACCCAUCUAUAAGGCCUUUAGGUCAGACAACUCUUUCAGCUUCUUCGUGUUCUUCUUUGUAUUUUUUUGUCAAAUAGGGAUCUACGUCAUCCAGUUGAUUGGCCUCCCUAACCUGGGGAACAGUGGUUGGAUUGCAGCCCUGUCUACACUGGGGCAAGAGUCCUUGGCCGUGUCAAUCAUCAUGAUGGUGGUGGCUGCUUUCUUUACCCUCUGUGCUGUGCUCUCACUCUUCCUCCUGAAGCGGGUGCAUUCCCUAUACCGCCGGACAGGGGCCAGCUUUCAGCAGGCCCAGGAGGAGUUUUCCCAGGGCAUCUUCAGCAACAGAACCUUCCGCAGUGCUGCCUCAUCUGCUGCCCAAGGAGCCUUCCAGGGGAAUUAGUCCUCCUGAUUCUCUCUUCCCUCUACCCCAGCCUUUUCUCUCGUCUGCCUUCCGAGCUGCACUUUCCAGGGGUGCCUUAUACGGUGGUUAUGCCCAGCACAGACUUGGUGAGGGUCUUGCCAGGGCUCUUCCUCCUCCUUCAGCAACCAGCUCUCCCUGGAAAGGGAGGAAGGGACAGGGACAUUUUUUACAGGAGGAAAAAAAAAAAGCUAUCUUUCUUUUUCUGGUGGUGGUUUGGUAGGAUUCUUCUGUCUCUCGGGAAGCAAUGGGACUGAAGUUCUCUUCCCCCUAUACACACACACACUCCCCUACACACUUGGGAUCACUGACCUGGGCCGACCCCAGCUGGCGUUUUCUGCCAGGGUCCUGGGAUGCCACUCCUCCCCCAGCAGGCCUGGCUUGGAUUUGGCUCCACAGACACAGCCUGUAGUCUGCACAGUCCUGCCCUUCCUGGCCAGGCUGGGAUAAGCCUCCCAUGGUCUCCUCUUUAGGCCAGCUGCAGUCUGGGUGAGUGGACAGCUCUGUUUCUCAGAUCACUCUGGGGAGAUCUUGGGCUUCCAGAGCUUCUGGCCCAAUUGCCUGAGGCUCUUCCCUGCCUCAUGUUCCUCACAAACAGGUUCAUAGCCCUUUAUGCCCCCUGCACCCCCUGGUGUGGGCAGCAUCUUGUACCCUCUGGG